UGGACAUUCCCAGCCCCAGCCUCCGCGCGAGCUCAAGCCGCCGCUGCCGACGAUAAACGCGAUCCAAACCAGGAGCUCAUGUCGGUACCUGCAACUGAGGCUAUUGAAUGGAGAGGAGGCGUACGAUCUUCCUAAACUGUGGCUUCUGUUGCAGACACUUUAAGCGAGGGACACGUUACGUAAAGAGGCCGCACAUUUUCCAGGAAGGCGCGCGAGGUUGACCUAUGAGUUUGUCGUCACAAAUAGCAGCUUCAUCCAGUGGAACACGUACAAACAAACAUGUGGCUCAGGCAUUCAGCCAGUGCAGUUUCAUCCAUUUGCAAUUCUGUCUGCAUGGUGUGCAAGCAGCGGCCAGGCGCAUCGAUCCGGCAGGAGGAGCGAGUGAGAGGGCUUCUUCGUCUAGCUCCAUCCAUCCCACAUUCCCACCAGCUCCCGGGCCGUUCAAUAAGAGAAGCACUAGCAGGGAGGGAGGGGACAGCGGCAGGCUAAGAAUGGCAGGCGCUUUCUAAUAAUAAAGCGAGUGCCACUCCCUAAUUAUACUCCCCUCUCCCCCUUCGCCACCGGCCCGGGGCCUCCCCUUUCCGGACAAGACAGAUGACGAUCCAUCGAAGCCGAUCCAUGGAUGCCCGAGACCCACAGGAAUCAUCCAUUAUUCGGAGCUAAUCAUCAUUCCAGCGCACAAUCUUGGGCGAGCUAGCUCAUCCUUCCCGGCGACACUAGCACUCCGCUCGAGGUCGCGAAAGCCGCACCCCUUGCAGGUCGACGGUGCAUGGCCGCGAGCGCCGGGGCGCAGCUGGAGCGGCGGAGCUCGGUGCGGCGGACGCAGGGCAUGGCGCAGGAGGAGGAGCGGGGCCAGACGACGGCCGACGAGGAGCUCAUGCUGCGGAGCCAGGCGGGCAGCACCGAGCCGGCGGGCGGGUCGGCCAAGAUCGGCGCCGCGCUCGACAAGGACGGCGCCGCGCCCAAGCCGCGGGAGCAGAGCGCGGGGCCUUCCGAGAUGGACCUGAUGAAGGAGAAGUUCGCCAAGCUGCUGCUCGGGGAGGACAUGUCCGGGUCCGGGAAAGGGGUGCCCUCCGCGCUCGCGCUCUCCAACGCCGUCACCAACCUCGCAGCCUCUGUGUUCGGCGAGCAGCGGAAGCUGGAGCCCAUGGCAGCGGACAGGAAGGCGAGGUGGAAGAGGGAGGUCGGGUGGCUGCUCUCCGUCGCCGACCACAUCGUCGAGUUCGUCGCCAAGAAACAAGUCCUGGACAACGGCACCGAAAUGGAGGUGAUGGGGACGCAGCAGAGACGGGACCUCCAGGCGAACAUUCCAGCGCUGCGCAAACUCGACACGAUGCUUCUCGAUUACCUGGACAACUUCAAGGAGCGGACCGAGUUCUGGUACGUGAAGCGCGACGCGUGCUCGGAGAGCGAGAACGAGGGGUCGCAGAGGUCGGACGAGAAGUGGUGGAUCCCCAUCGUGAAGGUGCCCCACGCCGGGCUGUCCAAGGCCUCCAGGGGCUGGCUGCUGCACCAGAAGGAGCUGGUGAACCAGGUGCUCAAGGCGGCCAUGGCCAUCAACGCCAACUGCCUCAUGGAGAUGAACAUCCCGGACACGUACAUUGACACGCUCCCCAAGAACGGGCGAGCCAGCCUCGGGGACGCGCUGUACCGGAUCAUCACGGACGUGGAGUUCGACCCGGACGACUUCCUGUCGACGGUGGACCUGACGUCGGAGCACAAGAUCCUGGACCUCAAGGACCGGAUCGAGGCGUCCGUCAUCAUCUGGAACCGGAAGGUGCAUAACAAGGACGGCAAGUCCGCCUGGGGCUCCGCCGUCAGCCAGGAGAAGAGGGAGCAGUUCGAGGAGCGGGCGCAGACGCUGCUGCUCAUCAUCAAGCACCGGUUCCCCGGCAUCCCCCAGUCCACGCUCGACAUCGCUAAGAUCCAAGAGAACAGGGACGUCGGGUUCGCGCUGCUGGAGAGCUACUCCAGGGUGCUGGAGAGCCUGGCCUUCAACGUCAUGUCCCGGAUAGAGGACGUCAUCCAGGCCGACAACGUCGCGAGGGAGAAGGCCAAGAGGGACGCGCCGGCGGAGGGCGCCGGGCGCCGCGAUCCCCAGAGCAACGGGGGAGAGGACGACGACCGGAGCGGGACGACCCUGCUGGACUUCAUGGGCUGGACAGGGGGGGACUCGGAGGGGAGGAACGACGACUGCUCGCCGCCGCCGCCGCCGGAGCUGCCGGCGCAGGACGACGGGAGGCUCAUGAAGCUGCCCAACAUCAUGACCAACCUCAAGCAGACGUACAUGGACAAGCUCGACUUCCUCAGCGGGAACAGAAGCCCCUCAGCUCGCCAUUAGAGACGGCACGGCACGCGACGAGAUUUUGCAUGUAUCGUGUGUGUGUGUGGUAGUAGUGUACAUAGUAUAUAUUCUGGAUUAAAACACUGGGCUCUCGCUUGAGUAGCCCGUCGUGUUGUAUUCCUGAUUUUGCAAACACGCGCGCGACUCCCUCUCCCAUGUAUGGUUUUAACUUUUAAGGGACUGACCACUGUAUCAGAGCCAUCAAUAAAUAGAGAAAUUUAGAGC